AUGGAUCCCCUCUUAAGUCCCCAAUCGGUUCUUACGAUACCAUCAAGCGAGGACUGGUCGCGCCUGCGGCCCCUCGUCAAAGAGCUCUACCACAAUCGCAGGCUUUCUAUGGCAGAGGUCAGGGAUCAUUUGAAAUCGCUAGGAUACAGGGUCAACACGCGCAUGAUCAGGGCUAGAAUCAGCCAAUGGAACCUGCAAAGAAAUAACCAGUUCCACGGCAUGGUUGCGGCUCUUCGCUUACUCGAUCCAGACCCUGCGUCGUGGCCAGUCCCGGAACCCUGGUUUGUGAUCCGAGGACGCCAUGUUCCGUUGCAUGAGAUACUGCGAUACUUCAGACGGAAGGGCAUACAGAACCCAAUUCAUUGGUGUCGCUCAGCUGCAGUGUCCCAGGAAGAGCCACCUGUCAGGCUUCUUCAGGAGGGAGAUAGUCCUGUGGAGGGUACGAGCGAGGGUAAUUCAACAAUCGCUGCGCUAUCUUCAGCCAGCAGCGUGGCCAUGUCCAUGUCUCCUGGGGAUAUCCCCACGCCCAUAUUCACUCUCGAGCAAAAGGCAGCUGCCAGUCUAACUGACUACUGCGGAGUUUACCUCAGCCAUGACAUCCACUCAGAGCCAGAGGUUCAUCAGUUCACGAUACACGGGCGUUUCGGGAACCGCAUGCAAGAAGGUCUAGCACAGAUGAUACGUGGAGGUCCAGGGGCAUUUCCACACUUCCAUCAAGCUUUUGACCUUGUUCAGCCUCUUCUUUCUGACUGCCAUCCAAUGAGUCUUGCUCAACUGUUAGCCAUCGUGUGUGAGCUCUCGGCGUGCAAUGCACAAGAAGUAUUGACAUGCCUGCUCCGGUAUUCGGCGGCGAUGGCUUCGUCUUUGCGGACACCCUCCCCUCUUAUCCAAUUCUUGGUGUCCCUCUCCUUAUUGCCACCUGCGCUACUGCAGUGCACGGCUAUCUCGAGUCUUCGGGCUGCAUUGGCAGUAUUCUCCGAUAAGUCCCCCCACACCUGGCAUUGCCUGUAUAUCGAGGAGCGACUCUGUGACUGCCUUUACCACGGUCGAGACCGUAUUGAAGGUGGAUACCGCCGAGCUCAGCUUUUGCGGAACCAAGAAUCGUUCUAUGGACCAUCCGCACGAAACGUUGUCUGGACUGUCACCAAUGUCGCAGAUGAUCACCUAGAUGGUGGUGAUCUAGACGGCGCACAGUCGUACUACAGGAUGGCUUUGGAACGGGCUGAACAGCUCAGUGGUUUCCCAAGGGCCAAGCUGCGCUACGCUGCUCUAGAGGGCCUAGGCAGAAUAGAGCAGAUGCGCUUUGAGAUCACGCGCCAUGAUCGAGAGACUUGUUUACGACACUUGCAGGAAGCAUCUCGAUAUGUUGAUGAGUCAUUGAAUGAAGCACUGAUAUGGUUCGAGCCAACAAGUAGGCGUGUAAGUCGAGUGACAGAACAACAGGGGUAUAUCAGGAAUAUUUUACACUGCCUCGGGUGA